GACGCAUGUGCAAGAAAUCCUUUUCAAGAGACAAAUUCCUCAGUCUGGCAAGAGUGGUCGAUACUCGAUAUUACGGUACCACAUGGUAACGGAAGUAAAAUGGCGUUAACUGUUCCUUGUGUCGCUGUGAGAGGUUCAAUUGGAAUCAGCUUAGGACAAGGCCCUCCGUCGUACGAACCAGUGAAGUCAUUUCCUAAAGAUGAUAGUAAGACAUGCAAAGCAAUGGUUUUUAGUCCAGAGGGACGUUAUUUUGCAUGGAUCAAUGGAAUGACUGCCAAGAUUUUACAUUGUUCUACGUGGAAAAUAAUUACAGAAAUCAAAAGACCUAAAAUUUCUGCAAUUCAGUUCUCCACUCGAAGCACAUAUUUUAUGACAUGGGAACCAUUCAUUGCGACAUCAUCAAAUCCUCAAGGAACACCAAAUCUUAACAUAUGGAAAUCAGAGACUGGAGAACUGGUGAAGAGUUUUAUACAGAAAAAACAAUCAGAUUGGGAACCUCAAUGGACAAGUGAUGAAAAGAUCUGUGGGAUUUUAGUUGGUGCAGAUGUCAUUCUAUAUGAGGAUGUCAAUUUUAACAAAAUUAUGUACAGAAUAAAUGUAGCCAAAGUUGCUAGGUUUAGUAUUUCACCAAGUAAUACUCCAUACUAUAUUCUCUGUUAUAUGCCGGGAAAGUCAGACCAGCCUUCAUUUGCUAGGCUAUUUCAAUAUCCAAAGUUUGAAUUCACCCAAGCUUUAGCAUACAAAAGUUUCUUCCAGGCGGAUAGAGUAAACGUUUAUUGGAAUAAUAAUGGAACAAGUGUUUUAUUAAUGACGAGCACAGAGGUUGACAAAACAGGCGCUUCGUAUUAUGGAAAACAGACUUUACAUUAUCUUAGUACAAAAGGAGAAACUUCUAUGGUCAUGCUUAGUAAUAAGGGUCCUAUACAUGCUGUUCAGUGGUCUCCGAAAAAUAAUGAAUUCUGUGUCAUAUAUGAUUUUAUGCCAGCUAAAGCUACAUUAUUUAAUCUUAAGUGUGAACCAAUAUUUGAAUUUGGUGCUUUGCAUCGAAAUAGCAUUUAUUAUAAUCCUCAAGGGAAUAUUCUAAUUUUGACUGGAUUUGGCAAUCUUCGUGGUGGUAUUGAAUUAUGGGAUGUUGCUAACAGAAAACUAAUUGCUAAAACUGAAGCUCCUGAUACGACGCUUCUUCAGUGGUCACCAGAUGGAGAACAUUUUAUGACUGCAACUACAGCACCUAGACUUCGAAUGAGCAAUGGAUUUAAGAUUUGGCAUUAUACUGGAACUUUAUUAUAUGAACGGCCAUGGAACGAACAAGAAGAACUUUGGGAAGUUUUAUGGCAAACCUUCCCACCAGAAACAUUUCCAGAAAAACCAAUUAGUUACAAAGCUGUUGAAGGCAUUGCUCCUAGUCAACCACAAGCAUCAAAACAAGUGUAUCGACCACCUUCUGCCAGAGGGGAAACUAUUUGUUUUAAAUUACGCGAUGAUGAAUUGCACAAAGCUGGAAUAAAAAAACCCCCAAAGUCUGCAACAAAAGCAAAGAAAAAAACGAAGAAAGGUACAAAGGAAUCGGAAUCUUCUCAAUCAAGUAAUCCAAGUACAAAUGGACAAGUUACUACAAGUACAGAAACUCAGAAUCUAACUACAAAUGUUCCUGAAUGUGAUAAUUUGGACAGGAGUAAGAAAAUUAAAAAAAUUAAAAGUAAACUAGAGCAGAUUUCAAAAUUAAAAGAGCUGCAAGUAGCUGGGAAACAAUUAGAAAUCAAUCAGUUGGACAAGAUCAAGAAAGAAGCUGACUUAAUGAAGGAACUUGAAGAGCUCGCUUUAUGAUGAACAUUUCAAAUUGUGGAUAUCUAUGGUUUUUGAAAAAAGUCUAAGCAUUUCUUUUAAAAAUGGAAAAUGAUCUCGGUCUCUCACGUACGAUAUUACACGUACAGAAGUUACGUUUGACUGUACAUAAAAUUUUCAUUCUCUGAAGAGAUAGUGAAAACAAAUCAAAUUUUGAAAGUGAAUGAAAUAGGUUUUCACAUUUCUCAUUGGUAUUAAAAUCUAAAAAUAUAAAUUUCUUUUUUUAGCGAUGGUAAUAAAAUUAAAAUGGUCCAUCGCUAAAUCUUUCCUUUGAUACUUGACAAUGAAAAUAUAUUUUUUUUCUUGAUAAGUUUAGUAUUCUAAGUAUUUCAAAAUAACAUUGAAGAAUGGGCAUUGAAGAUUGAACAACAGUCCAAUAACGACCAAGCUUCCUUAUCAUAUAGCCCUGUAUAACAAUGUUGCAUUAUAGAACAUUUAAGUAAUCUUUCUGGUAUUACAUUUGAUAAAUAAAUAAUUGUACAGGGUGAAUCGUAUUAUCUUGCAAUUGCUUUGAAAUGUCGACACGUAACGAUUUAUCCCGUGAUGGAAAGUGCAAGAUGAAAAAAUAAUGUAAUUAUAAAAUCGAGUGCACAUAAAAUUCGUUCCUGGACAUAGGUGCUGUCAUUUCAACUUUUAUAUUUCUAAAUUGUGUACUAUUCCAUUUCUGUUUCAUUAAUCUCUUUAUAAAAAUUGAAUGUUGAAGGUUAGAUAUAAACAUAUCAUUUCAAUCAUAUGAUUUCAUUAUUUCAAUUAAUACAGUCAUUUCGUGACUCUUGUACUAGUAUUUUUGAGAACUUUUCGUUCUUAUACAUAUUUCUCGUUUGUGUCUUGCAUUAUACGUUUAAGAUUCAGAUUUUAUAUUUUUGUUGCUGUCAAGGAUUAUAAGACUGGUCAGAUUAAAAGUACAUGGCACAGUGUAACAAAUAAAUGGAAGAAAACUGCCAAAAAAUUACCAACUAUAUUCCACGACUAAAGAAACAUUUUUAAGUAAUAAAGAAAAUUUAGCUUUUUGAA